AUGUCUCGACUUUUAAGUAUAAUUCAACGACAACGUCUGCCUCAUCGUGCACGCCAUGUUUACGCGCGUGCAUUCCAUGCUAGCGUACCAAGAAGGCAAGAAGUUGAAGUAUUCGUUGACGGGCAACCGGUUAUGAUCGAACAAGGUAGUGCAGUUAUUCAGGCCUGCGAAAAAGUUGGAGUGCCCAUACCCCGGUUUUGCUAUCAUGAGCGUCUGUCAGUAGCCGGUAAUUGUCGAAUGUGUUUAGUGGAAUUGGAAAGAUCACCCAAGCCAGUAGCAUCGUGUUCUAUGCCGGUAAUGCCAGGAAUGAAAAUCAAAACUGAUACGCCUCUGGUGCAUAAAGCGCGCGAAGGAGUCAUGGAGUUUUUGUUAGCAAAUCAUCCGCUAGACUGCCCAAUAUGCGAUCAAGGAGGUGAAUGCGAUUUACAGGAUCAGUCUGUAAGAUACGGUACCGAUCGAGGUCGAUUUCACGAAAUUGUUGGCAAGCGUGCCGUUGCGGACAAGAAUUUUGGUCCUUUGAUCAAGACCACUAUGACGAGAUGCAUCCAUUGUACUAGAUGCGUACGGUUUGCAAACGAAGUUGCUGGUGCGCCCGAGUUGGGUUCAACAGGAAGAGGAAACAAUAUGGAGAUUGGUACUUACAUCGAGAGCGUUUUAGAUUCAGAGAUGUCCGCCAAUGUUAUCGACUUGUGCCCUGUUGGGGCUUUGACAGCGAAACCAUAUGCAUUCUCUUAUCGUCCGUGGGAACUCAAAAGGACAGAGUCAAUUGAUGUCAUGGAUGCUAUAGGCAGUAAUAUUCGUGUUGAUUCGAGAGGAAUUGAAGUUAUGCGUAUUCUGCCUAGGAUCAAUGAUGAAGUAAAUGAGGAAUGGAUCUCUGAUAAAACGAGAUUUGCUUUUGACGGAUUGAAAAGACAACGUCUCACUACACCUUUGAUUCGUGAAGGAAACAAGUUCGUCCCAGCCACAUGGGACGAUGCAUUUAAUGUAGUGGCAGAUCAUCUUGCGCAGAUCACUGGUUCAGAAGCUAAAGCCGUAGCUGGAGAGUUGGCUGAUGCGGAAAGUCUUGUGGCACUAAAAGAUUUAUUUAAUCGUUUUGGCUCUGACAACUUUGCCUUCGACACUCCUCAGGGUUUUAAACUGCCUGCUCAUGGAGCAGAUUUUCGUUCUAAUUAUUUAUUGAAUAGUACGAUUACUGGUGUUGAGAAUGCAGAUGUGCUAAUAUUGAUUGGAACCAACCCUAAACAUGAAGCACCGAUACUCAACACUAGAAUUCGUAAAAGUUACUUAUACAAUGGCUUAGAUAUAGGUCUCAUAGGAUAUCCGGCCGAUACUACUUAUGAAUACGAUCACAUUGGAACAAAUACUUCUGCAUUAGAAGAUCUACUAAGUGGAACACAUCCAUUCGGUCAGAAACUUGCACAAGCGAAGCGGCCUUUGGUCAUCGUCGGAAGCGGCGUUGCAGACAACCCCGAUUCUGAGUACGUAUUCUCAUCAGUGGCCCAGUUAAUUGGCAAGUAUAAAGAUAAAUUCUUCCAAGCGAACUGGAACGGAUAUAAUGUAUUACAGAGGGGUGCAAGCCGUGCUGCUGCCCUUGAUAUUGGCUUCAUUCCCACAUACGAUUCAUCGACCAUUGAGCCCAAGUUCCUAUAUUUAUUGAAUGCUGACGAGGUUUCAGCGAGGGAUAUCCCUAAAGACGCAUUUGUAGUAUAUCAGGGCCAUCAUGGUGACCAUGGUGCUCAUUAUGCGGAUGUAAUAUUACCUGGUGCUGCAUAUACUGAGAAGAAUGCUACUUAUGUCAAUACAGAGGGCAGAGUACAAAUGACAAGGGCAGCGGUACCACCACCAGGAGCUUCUCGUGAGGAUUGGAAGAUAAUCCGUGCAUUAUCAGAGGUAGCCGGACUGACACUUCCUUACGAUGACGUCCACUCACUCCGUUAUCGAAUGAAUGAAAUAGCGCCUCAUCUCACUCGUUACGAUCUCGUUGAGACUUCGUCGCAUGCCCAGCUUGGUCUUAUGCAACUCGUAAAACCAUCUUUGCGGCCAUUUAGCGCUCCGCUAAAUUCGGCGAUACAGAACUUCUACAUGACAAACAGCAUUAGUAGGGCGAGUCAGACAAUGGCUAAAUGUUCUGCUGCCUUCUCGAAAGGUCAUGCCAAGCCAACAGAGGCUUAG